AUGGACGACGCCAGAACAGUUUGGUGUGGCAAUCUGUCGGACAAAGUGACCGAAGAGCUGCUAUACGAACUUUUCCUUCAAGCGGCCCCUCUACAAAGAGUAAAGAUUCCCUCGGACAAGGAAGGGAGAAAGUCGAAUUUCGGUUUUGUCACUUUCAAACACGAGUGCUCUGUUGACUACGCUACUCAGCUCCUGAACGGUACCAGACUUUUUGAUAAAUGCAUCAAUGUGAAGCCAAGAAACAACAAUCAAAACAGGACACCACAGCGGUCACAAGAACUGCCGCAUCCUCAGUUGGACAUGAUCAGACCGACGCAUCUAUUCAAUGAUCACAGACAACCAAACGAUAGACAUUUUGGAGGAGGUUCUAACCAGCAUGAUGAAGAUAGGUGGAGAGGUGAUAUUGACAAUUAUAGAGAUCAUAUGGACCACAAUAGUCAUAGAGAUACUCAUAUGGAACCUAACUAUAGAGACAGGGAGGAUAGACGAUAUAACAACUCUUUCAGAAAACAUGACAGGCACAAUAACUCGCCAGAUCAUAGGCGACAAAAUCACUCUCCAGACCCUAGGAGGCAUAAUAAUUACAAAGAUCGAAGGGGCAAUUUUGACAGGAAUAAGAGAAACAGAUACUACUAG